AUGGUGUGCAAAAAAUGCCUCGAAAAAGGCCACUUCAUCAGCAAUUGUCCAAAUGACUGGAAAUGUAAUAUCUAUAAAAAAUCUGGACACAAACAAUCAGAAUGCGAAGAGCCCUUUUCAGACAACAAUAAUGAACAUGAUGAAAAUGAAUUAACAAACACAGAUAAUGACAAUACAGAUUCAGAGACUGAUGACAAUAAUGAUGAGACUGCACAUACUCAACAACAUGAAACUGAACAAAUGCAGGAAAUACCUAACCAGCAGAUGCAGGAAGUGCCUAACCAACAAUCGCAGGAAGUGCUCACUCGCAAUCCGAAGAAAACUCAAAACAAAAAUUCGCAAGAGGUGUCUAUUCAAAAAUCUCAACCUCUAUUUCAAUCAAUCACCAAUGAAGAGAAUGAUGAAAAUACAGGACAAGCUGCAACAUCAAGUCCUAAAAAAACUAAAAAAAAAUCUAGUAAAAAGAAUAAACUAAAUAAUCAAAAUGAUGCAAAAGAUGAAAAACAAAGUUCAAUGCAACAAUUUCUAGUUGAGAAACAAGCUAGUGCAACCACUCCAGGAAAAAAAGUUUCAAAAAGGUCUGCAACAACACCCACAACUGACCUAUUCGAUAGAGAGAACCAAACCAGCAAACCAAAAACUCAAAGUUAA